GUGUCUAGGCAACUGGCCCCGCCCCUUCGGCCGGAGACUGCGGAGCGGAGCGGCGGAGAGCGGCGUCGGCGCCAUGGUGAAGAUCGCCUUCAGCUCCCCCUUCGCCCAGAAGGGCGAACCCAAGAAGGAGGCGGCCGAGGCUCUGGUGGCCGACAAGGAUCCAGAAGUUGCCACGCAGGGAGGUGAGAACUCAUCUGGAAGAUGCCUGUUGACUCUGCUGGGUUUAGCAUUCAUCUUGGCAGGAGUUGUUGUUGGUGGAGCCUGCAUCUACAAGUACUUCAUGCCGAAGCACAAGGUGUACCGUGGUGAAAUGUGUUACUUUGAGAAUGAGAAUCGAGAUCGUGCCAUCGAACCUUAUUUCCUCCCUAUUGCUGAAGAGGCUGACAUUCGGGAAGAUGAUAACAUAGCCAUCAUUGAUGUGCCCGUUCCAAAAUUCUCCGACAGUGAUCCAGCUGCCAUUGUUCAUGACUUUGAUAGGCUUUUGACAGCAUAUCUUGACCUGCAGCUGGGUAAAUGCUACGUGAUUCCACUGAACACAUCCAUAGUUAUGCCACCAAGAAAUCUGAUGGAUCUCUUUGCAAAACUGGCGACCGGUUCCUACUUGCCUCAGACUUACCUAGUGCGUGAAGAAAUGGUGGUUACAGAGGAGAUAGACAAUGUAUCUGAUCUGGGUAUCUUCAUUUACCAACUCUGCGUUGGAAAAGAGACCUUCAAACUUCAGCGCAGAGACCAGAUAAUGGGUCUGCAGAAACGUUCAGUGGAGAACUGUCAUUCAAUCAGACACUUUGAAAACUCUUUCGUUGUUGAAACAAAGAUCUGUCAACAGUGAAGGGUGUUGGAUGGGAGGUGACUUGGUCACACCUUCACUGAGAAGUCUGAGCUUUAGAUGUCGACUUCUUAAAUUAAAAUGUGCAGUGAUAAUCAAAAGCCUUAUGCAUUUUCUGUGUAUUGCUUGUAUUUCAAAAAGACAGUCACCAUUUCAGCUUUCUUUGAUCCUUGGUAUAUCUAUUUUUAGUUGUCUCACUUAGAACUUAAGUUUGGAUAAGUUUGUGUUUGUUUUUUCUUGAAGGGUAAUAUCAGUUUAUCCAUUGAAUGCGUGUGAUCUAGAGUAACCUGGGAAUGGCAGGAAAAAAAACCCAUAUAUAUAUAUAUACAAAAAUGUUAACCAGGAACCAGUUCUGUUCACCUUAACUUUCACAGAAUGAUUGCUGUAUUAAUAAUCUGUGGUUUGCACAUCUUGUGUAGUUCUGUAGGAUAGUUCUGCACUCGAUCUUCUGGCUAAAAACCCAAUGUGUAUCAUUAAAGGUUUCUUUUAACAUCCAUGUGUGAAGCAUGUAAAAUCCAACCUCAGUGAUCAUAAACCUCUAACACUACCCUCUUUCUUUUUGUGCAAUUACUGUAUUGAAUUCGUAUGUAUAUUUGGAACCUUCCCUGAGCUUACAUUUAAUUCUUCUACCUUUUGUUUUUGUUUUGGUAUUUAGUUGUUAGGUUCAGAUGGAUUUGCUCUUAGAGCUCGUCAGUAUUUUGGUUAUGAAUUGGUUUAUCCUGUAACUUCCUAUUUCAAGAAUCUGUUCUGGUAAUAGCUCACUUGUGAAUGUGACUGUAGUUGUAAACUUAAACUACUCUGGCUUACACAGACUUUUUAGAUCAACUUUUUAUGAGCAAGUAGCAUUACUGCUGCAGUCAGCACGUGUUCUUUUUUUGAAAGCUGUCAUGUAAGGAUAGUGAAGUUAGCAUCCUGCAGUUGAUGAGAGUUUUAUUAAGGGACUUUAUAUUGGCAUAAAUUCUGCAACCCUGUAAUAAAUGUUUCUCUAAAA